AUGAAGGCAGAGGAAAGAUUCGACUUCAUCAUAGUCGGAGCAGGCGUCGCAGGCUGUGUGGUAGCGAGUCGAAUCUCGCAAAGCCGUCCCGAUCUGCGCAUCCUGCUCAUCGAGGCCGGCGUUGAGAAAGACGAUCGGACAUCCGGCGCAAUGGGCUUUGCGGCAGGAUUCGGCUCGGAUCUCGAAUGGCCCCAUCGCUCGGUGCCGCAGGAGCGCGCUUUCGGAGGUGAUACGGUUUGUCUGGCUUCUGGCAAGAUAGUCGGGGGAGGGUCGGGGGUGAAUUAUCAGGUGUUUACGCGCGGGCCGGCUGUUGAUUAUGACCAAUGGGCAGAGCUUGUUCAAGACCGGAGAUGGUCGUGGAAUGGUCUUCUGCCGUAUUUCAAGCGGGUUGAGACGUGGUAUCCUUCUCUGGAGAUGAAAAAGAGAGGCCUUCUCACGGUUGAUGCUCAUGGAGAUUGUGGGCCGAUUAAGGUUAGUCAUGCGACGAAUAGUGGCAAGCCACGCAGUUACCCGUUGCGGGAGAAAAGCCGUAGGUUUCACGAAUUGCUCGGUCGCAAACAGGUGGAUGAUAUGAAUAGUGGACAGCAACUGGGAUACUCGGAGGCUUUCAGUUCCACCUAUGCGGGAUUGAGGAGCUUUGCGAAUAGCUACCCUUUGGGAAGUAACGUCACUGUCUGGACGAAUUCAACUGUGGAAAGGCUCAUCAUGACUGGGAAGACUGUGGAAGGCGCCGUUGUUGCGCGAUCAGUAGGAGAUCAGAUUGAGCGUGUCCAUGUCAGGGCUCGGAAAGAAGUGAUCCUCUCAGCAGGGGCCUAUGGAUCACCCAAAAUUCUUCUCCUUAGCGGUAUCGGCCCAGCAGAAGAAUUGCAGCGACAUAACAUCACUCCAGUCAUAGACCUCCCUGUGGGAAAGAACUAUGCUGACCACCCUCAUAUAUUCACCUACUGGACGAUUGACGAGCACAAUGCUACCCUAGGUGACGGGGAGAUGGAAACAGAUCAGGUCCAUUGGCUAGCGGGCUUGCCAUACGACUGGAUGUCUUUUGCACCUGCGGAUGCAAAGACACAAGCGCUGGCCAAACAAAUUCUGAGCUCAGCCGAGCGCAGUCGUUACACCGCCGUCGACACGUCCGCUCGCAAGAAACCCCUCGAAGGCUGGCCCGGAAAGCGCGUCAUCAGCCUCAUGCACGUUCUCGUCGACUCAGUAUCACGAGGUACUCUCACGCUGAGAUCAUCUGACCCUGCUGACGCCCCCGUGCUCGAUCCCAAAUUCCUUGCAUCCCCGAUUGACCGAUCGGCGAUGUACGAGAAUGUGCGGGAGACUGCGCGUGCUAUUCAGGCCGUCGAGGGUCUCCAUGCUGUCGAGUUCGGCGUCGACGAUUCCCUCCGUGACAAUUGGUCUGAUGAGGCGAUCGAUGUCCGGGCGAAUCGGAGUGGUGGUAGUUGCUUUCACUACUCGGGGACUUGUGCGAUGGGGGAAGUUGUCGACACUGAGUGUCGGGUGUAUCAGGUUGAGCGAUUGAGGGUUGUGGACUCGGGUGUGAUCCCACUACCGUUGGCGGCGCAUUAUCAGGCGCCGACGUAUGGUGUUGCUGAACAGGCUGCGGAUAUGAUUCUUUCCUCGGUGGUGUGA